AUGUUUGCCAAACGUUCUCUUUCUACUUUGAUCCCCCCCAAGAUUGUUUCUGCUAAGAACUUGGGCUCUGCUCCUAAUGCGCAGCGUAUCUCACAGGUCGUGCAGUUCUACAGAUCGCUACCUCAAGGUGCUGCUCCUGCCUACAAGCCUUCGGGACCUAUUGGCAAAUACAAGGCCAAGUACUUCGAUGGCGACAACGCCAGUGGUAAGCCUUUGUUGCAUCUAGCACUUGCCAUUUUGGGUAUGGGCUACUCCAUGGAAUACUACUUCCACUUGAGACACCACAAGGGCGGUGCUGAGCACUGA